AUGCGUACCACCAGUGCCGAGCUCCUGCUCAUAUGCGUCCUAGCCGCCGCCGCCUUGCUGGCCCCCGAUGCACUUCAGGUCGGGCCGGCCAGUGGUUCGGCCGGCACAAACUGCAUACCGCGGGAGCGGGACGCCCUGCUAUCCUUCAAGCACGGCAUCACCAGCGACCCCUUGGGCGUCCUUGCCUCUUGGCACAAGGAAGAAUGCUGUCAGUGGAGGGGCGUCAAGUGCAGCAACCGGACCGGCCAUGUCCUUAGGCUUCAUCUUCGUAAUCUGCAUGCAGACACGUACACUUCCGAUGAGGAGAUCAUGGGUGUGUACACCAGAGACACAGCUUUGGUUGGCCAGAUAAGUAGUUCUUUGCUCUCCAUGGAUCGUCUAGUGCACCUUGAUCUUAGCAUGAAUUACCUCAACGGCUCAAGUGGCCGCAUGCCGGAGUUCUUGGGCUCUUUGACGAGAUUGAGAUAUCUCAACCUCUCUGGCAUACCAUUUUCUGGCAGAGUGCCCCCUCAACUCGGGAACCUCUCAAACCUCCAGCAUCUUGACCUCUCAUGCCAAUUUUGCAAUGAAUAUAUGUACUCGAGAGACAUUUCAUGGGUAGCACGCAUCCCUAAAUUGCAGUAUCUUGGAAUGAAUUCAGUAAACCUCAGCACGAUAGUUGACUGGCCUUAUGUUGUCAACAUCAUUCCUUCUUUGAAGGCCCUUGAUCUUGGGUUUUGCUCUCUUCCAACCUCAAAACAAUCACUCCCACAUAUUAACCUUACCAAACUCGAGAAGCUUGAUCUCUCUAGCAACAUUUUUGCCCACCCAAUGGCACAGAGUUGGUUUUGGAAUUUGACAGGCCUCCAGCAUCUCUACCUUGCCAACACUCAACAGUACGGUCAAGCUCCUGAUGCACUGGCACAUGUGACGUCCCUCCAAGUCCUUGAUUUGUCAUAUAAUCGUAACAUGGGGACGAUGACUACAAGCUUCAAAAACCUAUGCAAUCUGAGAAUCCUGGACCUUUCUUAUUGUCAAAUUGGCGGAAAUAUAAAGGAUAUUAUAGGGAGGAUGCCCCAGUGUCCCUUAAACAAGCUGCACGAGUUGCACUUGCGCUCCAACAAUAUUACCGGAAUCAUGCCAUCUGAGAUCGGCAUGCUCGGUAAUUUGACCAUAUUGGUUCUUCGAGACAACAAUCUCAAUGGACCUGUUCCAUCUGAGAUCGGUAUGCUCUGCAAUUUGACCACAAUGGAUCUCAGAGGCAACUUCUUGAAUGGUGACUUCACUGAAUAA